GUUCAGCUCGCCUCUCAAAAUGGCGGCUGAACCAACACGGGAGUGGAGCGAUGAGCAGCUCAAAAGUGAUGAUUUGCCCAAAAAAGACAUGAUAAAGUUCAUUCAGGACAAUGCAGCACACUCGUUUCUUAAUGAGCACAAGCUGCUGGGAAACAUCAAAAAUGUUGCCAAAACAGCAAAAAAAGAACAACUGAUCAUUGCCUACAAUGAGCUGUUUGAAAGCAAAAGGUUUAAAGGCACAGAGCCAAUUGAGGACAUUACAGAGCACGUUAAAGCUGUGAAAAUCGACGAAAAGCCCAAAGAAGUCAAGACAGAGGUUGUGGACGAGGGUCCACCAAAAUUCACCAAGUCAGUGUUGAAGAAAGGUGACAAGACAAACUUCCCAAAGAAGGGUGACACUGUGAGCUGCUGGUACACUGGUAGCUUAGAAGAUGGAACCGUCUUCGACACCAAUAUCCCCUUAACAGCGAGAAAGAAGAAGCAAACUAAACCACUGAGCUUCAAAGUUGGCUUGGGCAGAGUCAUCAGAGGGUGGGAUGAGGGCGUUUUAACGAUGAGCAAGGGUGAAACAGCGCGUCUGGUGAUUGAACCGGAGUGGGCCUAUGGAAGGAAGGGUGUCCCUGACAACAAAAUUCCACCCAAUGCAACACUGAUUUUCGAGGUUGAGCUGGUGUCCGUUGAUUAAACUGACAGACGUUGGCCAGCAUGCACUACG